AUGGCAUCUGCACAUGGUUCAGAUAAGAAAUAUGCUGUUGCUCCAAAGUUUGCUCAACUCUUGCAAGUUCCACCUGUAGACAGCCCUGUAGCGGCCCUUUCCUCUUCUUCUUCAUACGUAACUGGGGAUACUUCUGAAGGUCUAAGGCCAGAAGACAAAAAGUUAGAAUUUCUGUUUAAAAAGAACCAUCAGGCUUCAGCAUGGGCAAUUCAAUCAGCUUCAUCAGCCUCAUUUUUUAAUAGAACUACCAUCCUUUGGCUUCAACAGUUACAGGCAAGGGUACCCCCCAGUGAGGUUCGCCUUCAUCAGGAUAUUAAUAAAAUCAUUGCUGCCACUCAAUUUUCGGCUGAUGCAACCUUGAAUUCAGCCAAAUUUGCAUCCAGAGCCUUAGCCUCUACAGUUUCAGCCCGCAGGAUGCUCUGGCUUCGCCAAUGGCCUGCUGACCUUAAGGCCAAAUGGCGCUUGGCUGCAGCUCCAUAUUCUGCAAACAAACUAUUUGGGGAAUCACUUGACCCUCUUCUUGUAGAGACACGGGAUAAGCGAAAAAUUUUGCCCUCAACAUACAAACGGGCUGAAAGAAGACCCUCUCCAUAUUACAGAAGGCCUUCCUUUCGUUUCUACCCCCAGGGAGGCCCCUCCAGGCAGGAAUAUCUUCAGGGAUCCUAUCGAUCCUCGGACCGUCAAUAUUUUCGGGACAGGAGCAGACAAUUCCAGCCCAAACGGUCCUUUUGGGGUUCUGGUUUCCGCCAGUCCCGCAGUCGUAAGUUACUCACUGCCAAAUCCUCCAGUAGGGGGUCGCCUGUCCCUCUUUGCGGACAGGUGGGAAAGGUCAUCUUCAGACCUUUGGGUUCUUUCAGUUGUGAAAUUUGGCCUCCCCCUGGAAUUUCUCUCCAGGCCUCCAACCCGCUUUCUUCAAUGUCCAACUUCCAAAAGCGAAUCCAGACGUCAAUUAAUGAACCAAGCAGUUCAGCACCUACUACAGAUUCAUGCCAUAGAGGAGGUCCCCCACGAUCAAUGGAAACAGGGGUAUUAUUCCAUCCUGUUCGUAGUUCCAAAGCGGUCAGGGGGGUGGAGAGCCAUUCUGGACUUAAAAAAUCUCAACUCAUACAUAGUGUAUCGCAGAUUCAAAAUGUGUUCACUAACCUCUAUUCUUCAAGGGAUUCGUCCCAACGAUUUUCUAGUUUCCAUAGACCUCAUGGAGGCUUAUCUUCACAUUCCCAUCCUGUCAAAGCAUCGACAGUAUCUCCGAUUCAGCUAUGCAGGAAAGCAUUUUCAAUACCGGGCUCUUCCCUUCGGACUGGCAUCUGCACCAAGGGUCUUCACAAAGGUCCUGGCGGUCGUGGCGGCUCACCUGAGACAACAACCGGUCUCACAGUACUGAAACAUGUCCUUACUCCACGGGUGAAGGCCACUCACGUUGCUGUUGAUUCAAUGAAAAGCUACUUAGAUGCAGUUUAUGAUAUUACAAUAGCCUACGAAGGUACUACAGACCAUAAAGGACAAAGAAAAUCGGCACCAACCAUGACCGAAUUUCUUUGUAAGGAGUGUCCAAGAAUUCAUAUCCAUAUUGAACGAAUUGAACUAAAAGACAUUCCAGGAGAACAAAUGUUUAUGAGAAGAUGGCUUCAUGACCGUUUUGAAGUCAAGGACAAAUUGCUAAUAGAAUUUUAUGAUGCAAAAGAUUCUAAAAGAAGAAAUAGGUUCCCUGGGAAAAGUGUUCACGCCAAACUAAGUCUCCAGAAAACAUUGCCAUCCGUAUUAUUUUUAAGUGGUUUGACUGCCAGCAUGCUACUGACAGAGUCUGGAAGGAAACUUUACAUAAAAACAUGGAUAUAUGGGAGCUUAUUAGGCUGUCUCUGGGUCAGUAUUAAAGCAUAAAAACUGCACUUUCAUUCAGUGGCUUUUCUCUCUUGCUUUGCACAUUGCAUCAAAUUCUUUCCUAAAUUUAUAUUAAAAUUUUAAAUAAAAUCUUAUCAAUUGAAUAUUGUAUCAACACACUGUUAAUCUAAUUUCAUUGUGGUGGUUAUGACAAAAAGUUAAUUCUGUUUCUGAUUUUGGAGAAGAACAGAAGAGAUAAUAAAGGCUUAGCAUAUUUUUCUUCCAUGACUAUGUAACUACCUACAUAUAACAUACACUGUAUGUGUUUAUACUGGUUCAAAUGGAGCAGUGAAUGGUUUAUUUCUGACAAGGUUUUCUGUUUUUUAGUUUAUUACAAAAGCUCUUACAUUAUAAACUAAAAACUAAACUGGUUUCUACUGAUACCUUCUCUAUUUGAAUCUAGAUGUGUUUUUUUUUCAGUUUUGAAAAGUUGCUCAAGCACAGGCUGUAAAAAAAAGCAGGUGAAAAACUCUUUAUGGAAAGAUGAGUUUAAUAAGUGAACAAAAUUUUGAUCCUGUUAUGUGGCUAGUUAACUUCAGUUUUAUAUUUCUUUUAAAUCCACAAAGUGUAGUUUUUAUUUAAACACCUUAAACUUGUACAUGAGUAAUUAUAUAUUCAAAAUAGAUAAUGCACUAACUGAGGCUCAUUCAGUUAUAAGUUUGCCAAAUUUCUAGAACACUUCAGCUAAACUGCCAGUUAAGAAACGCCAGAAAAGUUCAUGAAUAUUCCAAGUUCCUGUUUAGCCAGGCUGCUUCAUGUACAAUGGCUUGCUUCAUGUUAAGGAGAAAAACAUGCAGUUCAGCUUGAGAAUAAACCAACUGUGAAACAACAAUUAGAGAUGGAAAAUGUUAUUGGUGAAAUGAGUAUGAACUGAAGUAAGCAAUGCUGCUGUGCAUGAAAAGUACAUUUUAUGGAAAUGAGGAAUAUGUGUAUGUUCUUGCCAAAAUAUAAAAUAUGUGCCUUUGUUCGACAUAA